AUGUCCCCAUUAUUAAAGGAUUAUUUGAAUAGACGAAUCACCAUUGUAACGACAGAAGGUCGAUGCAUUAUUGCUAAGCUAGAAGGAUAUGAUAAAAAUACUAAUUUGGUAUUAUCUAGUGUGGUAGAUUAUUUUGCAUCGGCAGCUGAUGAUAAAGGUAUUUCCAUACAGAUGCUUCGAGGAAGUGAAGUUGUAAUUUGUGGAUUACUUGAAGAUGAUUUGGAAAAUAAUGACAACGAAGAAGAAGCAGUACAUGAAAAUAAGAAAAGAAAAAUAGAAGAAGUAGAAGCAGUGCCUAUCAAGGAUACGAAGAAUAUAAUCAAAGAUGAGCAUCUAAUAUGGGAGAAGGUUUGGGAAGAAAAAGAGUCGCAUGUCGAAAUAUAA